AUGACAGCAAUGGAAGGGGCCAGCGGGUCGAGUUUUGGAAUAGACACGAUUUUGUCCGGUGCCGGUUCCGGCAGCCCCGGCAUGAUAAACGGAGAUUUCCGCCCUCUCAGUGAAGCUAGGACCACGGAUUUCAGGAGCCAGGCCACCCCGUCACCCUGUUCGGAGAUUGAUACCGUGGGAACGGCGCCCUCUUCUCCGAUCUCGGUCACCUUGGAGCCCCCGGAGCCGCAUCUUGUGACAGACGGGCCCCAGCAUCACCAUCACCUCCACCAUGGCCAACAGCCGCCACCGCCGCCAGCCGCGGGCCCCGCGCAAAGUUUGCAGCCUUCGCCCCAACAGCAACCGCCGCCGCAGCCACCGUCGGCAGCCCAACAGCUGGGCUCAGCCGCCUCGGCCCCCAGGACUUCCACCUCUUCUUUUCUAAUUAAGGACAUCUUGGGGGACAGCAAACCUCUGGCGGCUUGUGCGCCCUACAGCACCAGCGUCUCUCCUCAUCACACGCCGAAGCAGGAGAGCAACGCAGCGCACGAGAGCUUCAGACCAAAGCUGGAGCAGGAGGACAGCAAAACGAAGCUGGACAAGAGGGAGGAUUCCCAGAGCGACAUCAAAUGCCACGGAACAAAGGAAGAAGGAGACCGGGAGAUUACAAGUAGCCGAGAGAGUCCCCCUGUGAGAGCCAAGAAACCUCGAAAAGCCAGGACAGCUUUCUCGGACCACCAACUCAAUCAGCUGGAGCGGAGCUUCGAGAGGCAGAAGUACCUCAGUGUCCAGGACCGCAUGGACUUGGCAGCGGCACUCAACCUCACCGAUACUCAAGUCAAGACUUGGUAUCAGAACCGCAGAACCAAGUGGAAGCGACAGACCGCAGUGGGCCUGGAGCUGCUGGCCGAGGCUGGAAACUACUCCGCUCUGCAGAGGAUGUUCCCAUCGCCUUAUUUCUACCACCCAAGCCUGCUGGGCAGCAUGGACAGCACCACGGCGGCGGCGGCGGCCGCGGCCAUGUACAGCAGCAUGUACCGGACUCCUCCGGCACCCCACCCGCAGCUGCAGCGGCCGCUGGUGCCCCGCGUACUCAUCCACGGCCUGGGGCCUGGGGGACAGCCGGCCCUCAACCCUUUGUCCAACCCCAUCCCAGGCACCCCGCAUCCCCGGUGA